CAAAGAGUGAUGCCGUGGUAGAAUCUCCGCGUCGUCUGAGCAAGCAAGUAGUAGGCAAGCAAGCGAGUGCAGAAAAAAACCCUAAAACCCGAAUCAAAGAGCAAUUGGACCAUCACUCUGGCAUUGGGUGAAGUGAGAAGCGUGAUCAAUGGGUGCGAGUCGAAAGCUCCAGGGAGAGAUAGAUCGUGUUCUCAAGAAGGUUCAGGAGGGUGUGGAAGUCUUCGAUAGCAUCUGGAACAAGGUUUACGACACGGACAAUGCUAACCAGAAGGAGAAAUUUGAAGCGGACCUCAAGAAAGAGAUUAAGAAGCUACAGAGAUAUAGAGACCAAAUCAAGACGUGGAUUCAGUCCAGUGAGAUCAAGGACAAGAAGGUUAGUGCCUCAUAUGAACAAGCUUUGGUGGAUGCACGCAAGCUAAUUGAACGAGAAAUGGAAAGAUUUAAGAUAUGUGAGAAGGAAACAAAGACCAAAGCAUUUUCUAAAGAAGGCUUAGGUCAGCAGCCUAAGACUGAUCCGAAAGAGAAAGCUAAAUCAGAGACAAGGGACUGGUUAAACAAUGUGGUUGGAGAGUUAGAAUCACAGAUUGAUAACUUUGAAGCAGAGCUUGAAGGGCUUUCUGUUAAGAAGGGAAAGAGCAGGCCACCCAGAUUGACACACCUAGAGACAUCAAUUACUCGGCACAAGGCUCAUAUAAAAAAAUGUGAAUUCAUUUUGAGGCUACUAGAUAAUGAUGAAUUAAGUCCUGAGCAGGUUAAUGAUGUUAAAGAUUUCUUGGAUGACUAUGUUGAGCGUAAUCAGGAGGAUUUUGAUGAGUUUAAUGAUGUUGAUGAACUGUACAGUUCAUUACCUUUAGACAAGGUGGAGACCCUAGAAGAUCUUGUUACAAUUCCCACUGGUCUUUCUAAGGUGGCACCUAGUCUUGGCGUGAAAAAUUCUUCAGCAGUAUCAACAUCACAAUCAGCAUCAGCAUCUGCAUCACAAACAUCUGAGCAAGCUGAUGACACAGCAUCCCAGGAUAGCAAUUCUGACAAUGUUGCCAAAACUCCACCUCCUAAAAGUGGUGGAAUUGGUUCUACUGCUUCAACUCCUACUGGCAACCACACUUCUCCGAUUUCUGUGAAUGUUUCUAGUCAUACCUUGUCUAGUCCGCCUGCUGUUGCAGCCAUACCUAGUUCAAAUUCCGUGCGGAAUGUCUUGGAGAAUAGUAAUGUUAGCAAUUCAUCUUCUGUAAAUCAGCCUACCUCUACAAAGGAAGAAGACAUUAAUAGCUUCCCUAGCCGGAGACCAUCUCCAUCACUUUCUGAUGCAACACUUUUGAGGGGAAGAAACUCUCUAUCAAAUCAAGCAACAGCCAGCAUCCCUCUUGGUUCUGCAAACAUGGUCCCAAGCAAUGGGGCCCUUGGAUCAGUCUCUUCAGCCUCUGAAAUAGCUAAAAGGAAUAUGUUGGCAGCUGAUGAUAGACUUGGAAGUAGUGCGAUGGUGCAGCCUCUUGUAUCCCCGAUAAGUAAUAGAUUGAUCUUGCCUCAGGCUGCAAAGGCUAAUGAUGGAACUGUUUCAGUUGACUCUGGUGCUGUUAAUGAUGCUGCCACAGCUGUAUCUGGGAGAGUUUUUUCCCCUUCUGUGGUUCCUGGCAUGCAAUGGAGACCAGGAAGUCCCUUUCAGAAUCAGAGUGAUGCAGGCCAGCUUCGUGGAAGAACUGAAAUAGCUCCCGAUCAAAGAGAAAAGUUUUUGCAGAAGUAUCAGCAAGUGCAACAAGGGCACAGUACCCUUCUUAACAUGCCUUCUCUUGUUGGGGGAAACCAUAAGCAGUUUUCUGCCCAGCAGCAAAACCCCCUUUUGCAACAGUUUAACUCUCAUGGCUCAUCUGUUUCUUCUCAAUCUGGUAUUGGACUUGGGGUCCAGUCCACUAGUCUCAGUGGUAUUUCUUCUGCAUCACUACAGCAGCCACCCAAUUCUGUCCAUUCCCCCUCUAGUCAACAGUCACUGAUGCCAGGUGUUUCUAAAGAUUCAGACGGUGGCAAUUCUAAGAGUGAAGAACAGCAGCAACAUCAGAACUUUCCUGAUGAGCCAACAACUGAAUCUACUGCUAGCAAUGUGAUUGGCAAGAAUCUCAUAAAUGAAGAUGAUUCAAAGUCAGCAUAUGCUGUAGAUUCUCCUGUAUGCCACGUAGGAGUGUCUGCCUCUCUUCCAGAAUCUGCUCAAACUUCCAGAGAUAUUGAUUUGUCUCCCGGCCAACCAUUACAAUCCAAUCAACCUACUGGCAACCUUGGUGUCAUUGGUAGAAGAAAUGGUGCUGAACAUGGAGCAAUUGGUGAUAGUUUUAGUGCAUCCAGUGUUAGUUCUGGUGGAGUGCGUGAUCAGUUGUAUAAUUUGCAAAUGCUUGAGGCAGCCCACUUCAAAAUUCCCCUACCCAAAGACUCUGAACGGCCCAGGAGUUAUACACCUAAGCAUCCGACAAUUACACCUCCAAGUUAUCCUCAAGUACAGUCACCUAUUGUUAAUAAUCCUGCCUUUUGGGAGAGAGUGGGUCUGGAACCAUUUGGCACUGAUACUCUAUUCUUUGCAUUUUAUUACCAACAGAAUACUUACCAACAAUAUUUGGCUGCAAAGGAGUUAAAGAAGCAGUCUUGGAGAUACCACAGAAAGUAUAACACUUGGUUUCAGCGGCAUGAAGAGCCCAAAGUUGCUACUGAUGAAUAUGAGCAGGGAACUUAUGUGUACUUUGAUUUCCAUAUUGCAAAUGAUGACAUGCAACAUGGAUGGUGUCAAAGAAUUAAGACUGAAUUCACUUUUGAGUAUAAUUAUCUUGAAGAUGAUCUCCUUGUAUAAAAGACGCCACCCGCUUGGGAUCUUCAAUUUUAAAAAUGGUAAUUACCGGUAUAAGAUACCAAAAAGAAAAAAUAUGAAAUUAUGCUACUAUUCAUGCGGUUAAAGACCUGACCGUUCAGCUUGCUGCGUUAAGUUGAAGCAUAUUUCUUCAACUUUUUCCCUGAGAUGUACGUAUUAUUUGGAGAAAUGCUCUGCAUUCAGAAGGACCGAGUUAUUUCCCAUAUUGAUCGAUGUUUGUUACAGUGUAGCUAUUCUUUUUAAGACCGAUAUGCAAAGAUUGAUUUCGGAGGUAUCUUGAAGUGUUUGAGAUUCUUUGGUUCUCUAUAUUGGCCCUUCCAAAUCUUUGUUAUGCCUAACAUCUCAUUUUAGCUGAUAAGCUUAUUAUCCUCAAACAUUGGUAGUCUCUACUUUACAAAGCCUUGUUUGUUGGUUU